UAUUGCUGUGAGGUCCUAAUUAAAACAUAGAGAUAGAACUACAUCAGAUAUACAUAUAGAAACAAACUUAUCUAUGGCAUCGUUAAAGUCUUUGGCAGCCGUUCUCAGUGUCCUUUUUCUAGCCAUGGCUGCUAUACUGAUGGUUCAAGCCCAAGAAUGUGGCAACGAUCUAGCAAAUGUGCAGGUGUGUGCCGCCAUGGUGCUGCCGGGUUCAGGCAGACCGAAUUCAGAAUGUUGCGCCGCACUUCAAUCAACUAACAGAGAUUGUCUAUGCAACGCUCUCCGCGCAGUCACCUCUCUUCCUGCGCUUUGUAACCUUCCUCCUGUGGAUUGCGGUAUAAGUGCUUAGUUUAGCUACGAAUCAAUUCUGAGAUGAUCGAGGGAAAUGGGAAAAAUAAAGAAUAAUGAGAAAUAUUCGAUUUUUAUGUUUUUUUUCCUCGCUUCUGCCUUUGUAUUUCUUUUAAUACUUGUAAUAAAGUUCUGAGAAGUUUUGCUUGGAAAUUUAUGUACUAGUGUAAUACGGCUUUGCUAAUUAUGAGGUACGAAACGCUUUUAAUCA